GCAGUCAGUCUUCUUCCUCCUACUUCUCUCUCAUAAUAGUAGACGAGCUCGUCGUCAUCAAACUAACCGGUCGGUCUGCCGUCGUUUUCUAAGCUCCGGAGAGCUCGCUUCAAGUCUCCGAAAAAAAAAAUCGGCUCGGCGCUCUCGUACAAUUGAAAAAGUAACUCUUCCGGUUCAUCCCCCAAGAUGAAUGGGGUCGCGACAACUUGUCGGUGUGACCUAAAUAGGUAAUUGAUGAAUAAAUAGUGGCAGAAGUGUAAGCAUGUGUGCACACAAUGGGUGUUCAGUGGUAUUUUUCUUUAAUAAUUUGGUUAAUAAUUGGCGUGUUUGUGAUAAAAUCGGUACCGGCCGUUGUGGAGGAGAGUGUUGCGCCCUUAGGGUCCGACGCCUGCCGAAUUCCCGGAUGCAAUUGCAGCGACGCCGCUAAAACUUGGAAUAUUAUUAAUUGCACCUUUAAUAGCACUCAGAUCGUGGAAUUUACACCUGGUUCCAUUCCGUCGCGUACAUUAGAAAUAGCGAUCAGCGGAGGAAGCGAUGUAACUCUACAACCGUACACGCUAAAUUCUCCCAUCGGUUUUCAAUUUCUUCGAGUCGAUGGGACCCGCCGAUUCGUCAUACGCAAAAAUGCGUUUUUAGAUCUUUCCUCGGCCAGUUUGGCGUUUCAGGUGGUGAACUGUGAUCGCUUGGUCGUGGAGACGCACGCGUUCAAAAAUAUGCAGACACCAAUUUCCGUAGAUGUAAGUCGAUGUUCCUACGUAUCUAUACAAAGCUCCGCGUUCAGCCGUUUGCAAGACGGAAAAUUUCGCAAUAUCCCCUACCUCGACCUGGCCGAAGACGCGUUUCUAUUCGAAAAUCAAGGAAUAAUCGGUCGCCAUGGUCCAGUAUCAUCGCUCUCAUUCCAUAAUGUAAUCAUGCCAAAAAUACCGACGGACACAUUUCAUUCGUCGCUGGCGGAAAUUAGUAUAAAGAAUUCGGAAAUUAGGGAAAUUCAUACUGAUGCGUUUAAAGCUAGUCAAAUAUCUGCAAUACUAUUUGUAAAUAGCACCAUACAUAAGAUCCAAUCCAGAGCGUUUAGCGAUCGAACUCUCCUAAUCAAUUUCAAAUUCACGAAAUGCAAGAUUCACCUCUUGGAAAUGGGAUCUGUUAUGGCAUCCAUGACGAACCUUACUGUUGAACAUUCCAAGCUUACAGAGAUACAAACAGGAGCCAUAAAUAGCACAGUAGCAAAAGCCAUAAUAUCCGACAACGAAAUUGGAACCUUCCACUCUCGCGGAUUCGUUUUAAACAACUGGAAUCGUAUCAACAUGGACAACAACAUAAUAAAGCGCGCGGGCAGUUUCUUCCUCGAUGUGCCUUACAAUCACGAAAUUCAACACUACGAGUUCACGUUCAUAGGAAACGAAAUUUAUCGCGUCGAAACUAACUCGCUAAGUUUCAUGCCCGACCUUCACUAUACCGUGCAGAAUCUUAAAUUUGAUAAUAAUUUUUUUAAUCAAACAUGUCACUGUGAUAUAGAUAAGUGGGUAUUAGAGUUAUUAGGGGAUCAAGUGCAGGAUGCGUCGUUUGUUCUCAAUACUAGUUUUUGUACGAUCAACGCCCUUCUGGCGAGGUGCUUCGAGCUGCAAGAGGGACUCAUCAACAUGCAUAACUUUACUCAAUUGGUGUGCGGAGUUGAAGACUCGAUCAAGUGCGAACCCUACUCGGGCGAAACGAAAAUAUUGGACACCACGACGAUAAUCGACACCGAAAACGCAAUGGACUCAAACAGCAACUUGAUCUUGGGGCUCGUACUGGGUGCAGUAGUAGUUAUAGCGAUCAGCGGUACUAUCGUAAUUUUACUCAUUCGCGGCGGACUGUGGUUGAAACGAAAGGGAUACUGCAUGCGAUUCCGAAACUUGCACUAUCGCAAUGAGCACCCGAUAUCGGAAGAGGAAGGUACCAUCGUCCCCAUCGAAAGUCGCGACAAACUGGACGUACCAGAAGAACUAACUCCGGAAAUCUUGCAAAGGCUCAGAGAACAACUGGAGGACCCCACGACGCACGACGACGCCCGAGAGAUGAUCGAAAGGCUGUACGAACUUUUCAUAACCGGCGAAAGCUACACGAACAAUAAUAAGCAAGACGAAGAGGCGCAUCUGUACGAAGAAUUGGGAAAUUUGCAGCUACCCGCGGCGGCACAGCACGAAAAGCGUCUAAGCGAAACCGAACCGUUCGGUUUUCUCAGAAUGAUGGAAGAGAAAUAUAAUACGACCGCCCUUGCGAUUUUGGGAACCAAACCGGCGUUGGUCGACGAGUACUCCGAACCGACUGACGCGGCGGUUCAUCUGUACUCGGAGCUGCAGAACAAGACUGACGACGUUAUUGACUUAGAUGGAAAAGAUUCCGUAAAGUCAUUUCCGAGUGGAACGCAGAGAUCCAAUAAUUCCAGAAGUAUUGCAUUUCGCCCACUGCCCGAGAAGCCGAGGAGUAUUUUCGAUGAAGCUGGGCCUUCGAAGAUGUAGUUGACAGAACUGAGUUGUUUCUUUCAUUUACUCUGUAAAGAUAUUUUUAUUUUUGUUUACCAAAUAAUCCUAAUGCGAUUUUGAGAGUUUAACUGUUUAUUGGGUUUGAUACGCCCUACUGUGAUAAAUGUACAGUUUUCUAUAAUAGUCGUCAUGUUAAUACUGUGUAUAUUUUGAAUUUUGCAGUUUGAAGUCGACUUCGCUGUGUUUAUACUGUAAUAUAUGUAUAUCUAAUCGUCUUAACGUGAGUUACUAUAAAUUUUAUAAGAGAAGAGAAAUAAAUAAGUUUUAAAUUCGA